AUGUCCAGGAUAGACUACAGUGUUUGGGACCACAUCGAGGUGUCCGACGAUGAGGACGAUACUCACCCGAAUAUCGACACCCCGAGUCUGUUCAGAUGGAGGCACCAGGCACGUGUAGAGCGAAUGGAAGACUUUCAAAAGAGGGGCGAAGAAUUAAAUAAAGGACUUGGCGAUUGUCGACGCAAGCUUGCAGACGCACAGAAGAAGUUAAAGGAGCUGACCAUAUCGGGCGAAGCCAAUUCAGAUCUUAGUAAAGUUCAGGCAGAAGAAAAGAAACUUAAAAAGGAAGAGCGGGAGUGGGAGAAAAAAAUAGAUGAGUUUAACCGAGAGGAGAAAAAGAUGCCGUGGAAUGUUGAUACUCUCAGCAAAGAGGGUUUCAGCAAGAGUGUUGUAAAUGUCAAAGUUGAAAAAGAAGAAACUGAAGAAGAGAAGGAGCAGAAGCAUAAAACAUUUGUUGAGAAAUAUGAAAAGCAAAUUAAGUAUUUUGGCAUGUUGCGACGUUGGGAUGACAGUCAAAAGUAUCUGUCUGAUAACUCUCAUCUUGUGUGUGAGGAAACUGCAAACUACUUGGUUAUUAUGUGCAUUGACCUUGAAGUUGAAGAGAAACAUGCCCUGAUGGAGCAGGUUGCUCAUCAGACGAUCGUAAUGCAGUUCAUUUUAGAAUUGGCCAAGAGUCUAAAAGUGGAUCCCCGUGGGUGCUUCCGACAGUUUUUUGCAAAAAUUAAGACAGCGGACCAGCAAUACCAAGAUGCUUUCAAUGAUGAGCUAGAGUCCUUCAAGGAGCGUGUUCGUGGGAGGGCAAAGAUUCGUAUUGAAAAGGCCAUGAAAGAGUAUGAAGAAGAGGAGAAACAAAAGCGUCUGGGGCCUGGCGGAUUAGACCCUGUUGAAGUUUACGAGUCUCUUCCUCCUGAAAUGCAAAAUUGCUUUGAUGAGAAGAAUAUCCAAUUGUUGCAAGAUGUAAUAAGUAAAAUGGACCCAACGGAGGCGAAAAUUCACAUGAAAAGAUGCAUAGACUCAGGAUUGUGGGUCCCAAAUGCCAAAACAGACGAAGGUGAGGAAAAGGAGGAGGAAGCGACGUACGAGGAAGUAAAACAGGAACCUGAAGAAUCAAAGAAAGAGUAA